AUGCCUCCUCGAAGUAGUACGAAGCGGGCGUACUCAGAGCCCCCUGUGGACCCCGAUGAGUCUGGGAAGAAGCGCAAAGCGAACACCAAUGUGGCUGCCAAGGAUGGUUCUCCUUCUCCUUCCUCUUCCUCUGAUUUUUCAUCGGGCGAAACUGAAAGUGAAACUCCUAUCAUGUCAGAGGACUAUGUUGACUACAGCAUGAUGAUGGCUCAAGCUGAACAGGCUGAGACGUAUUCAAGUCGUCCCCCGAGACAGCAGCGAUGGAAACACGAUGGCGACGUGCCUAUUACCGAUCCAGCACUUGUUCCAGAAGGCUGGAACGCCGACGAACUAGAUCUUGAUGUCAACGACAUCAAUGGUCAAGUUGAGAGAUGUAUGGAGAGGAUCAGUGAUGGAAUCUUGCCCAGCUUCUUCAAGUUCAGAUUGUCAGAGUAUGAGAAAAGACGGGCUGCUCGCGAUGAAAUGAUCCAUUCUGAACCGGCCGGACUCAGCUGGGACAUCGUCCAACGCUUGGAUCAUUUGAAGACUAUCGAGACCCAUCUCAAUACGAAUGGGGACCCGGAUGAUCAGCUUCCUAAUGUCAAGGCUAUCAUCAAAGCCUACAGGGAAGGCAAACUGGGGUGGUCGAGAGGAUGGGUCAGCUACUGGUCAAAGGGCAUACAGCUCAAUGCGCCCCAGAAGUUCAGCGUGGAGUAUCACAAGAAACUGGCUGAAGAGUACGAUACCACUAGAGCGUGGUGGGUGGAAGGUCUUCAAGCUGCAGGUGGUGCCAAUGUAGGAGCAUUUCACGGGUUUCCGCCGACGAACAGCCUUCAUACGAUUGAGUACCCAGUGGAGAUAACAUCUGAUAGUCAAUCUACUGGCUGCUAUAGCAUCACCCUGUUGGUGUGCCAUGAUACUGGUGCGGAUGUUAUGGCGAUACCUGAGUACUAUAUAGACCAGCUGGAGAGGCUAGGUACCCGUUGUCCAGUUCAUGGCUAUAAUAUUGUGGCAACCCCAGAUGGAAUGGGAGUUCACAAGGUUGUGGAGCUUGACGUCCGUCUGAAUGAUGGCUCCGGCCAGACCUUGUCCUAUUGGCUGAGAGUACAGGCCUGUGUCUUAGUAGAUAUGCCAGGACCGAACGUUUCGAUGAUUCUUUCGGGGCCUUUCGUGCGGUUUGCGCUCUACACUGCAACAUGCCCGGACGGACAGGGAAAUCUCUAUGUUUGCAACCACAAGAGGGAGCUAAAGCACUUGCCAGCCGUCCCGCACAACUUUGUGCCGAGGGGACCGCCAUAUAUCAAUACCGCUCCUCCUUUAGCAGACGGUGGACCACCAUCCCUUUCUACAGUAGCCCAGGCAAUCACCGCGCCAACAGUGCCAAUGCGGCCACCACCACUGCAGCCACUGAAGAAGGCGAAAGCGAAGAAAGGGAAAAAGAAGGGGAAGAACGCAGCGGCCUCUUAG